CCAUUAUUAACCUUCCCAAUUUUCAUUUCUUCCAGUCCCGAGUAAGUACUGUGUAUAUACACUACUAGGGAUGUUUUCUACUCGCCCUCCUAUCCCUUCUCCUUCCAUAAUCUAACCUAAGGCCAAUAUAUAUAGAACCCAACCCUGAUUUCUCCAUUCUCUCCAAGCCGCUCCCCUUGUUCUCCUCCCCCAUCCCAAAGAUGCCUUUUUGAGCUCCCAAACUCGGCUUCUUGCAUAUCUAUGCACUGAUCUUAGCCGUCCCCAUUAUUUCAUCAUCAAGGAAUCAUUAUCUUCCUAGCAGCCAGUCUUUCAGAUGUUCAUUUGAAGAAAAAUAUCAACACCAGUUGUUUGGCUGUGAAUAGCUUUUCUUUAAUUUAAAGAUCGAGUUUUUAAGGUGUUGAUUGCGAUGGGACCAAGUAUGGACUGUGCGACGACGACCCUUCUUUGUGACGAGGGAGACGAUGGGGUUGUUGGGCAUGGGUUAGGAGUUCGUAGGAAUCGUCGGAGUUUGACUAAGUUGCCGGUUCAGAGUGAGGAGUGUUUGGCUUUGAUGAUUCGGAAGGAGAGUGAAAACUUGCCUUCAUGUGAUUACCUGAAGAGAUUGAGGAAUGGGGAGGUGGAUGUUGCCUCUAGAGAUGAAGUUCUUGACUGGAUUGCAAAGGUUCACUCACAUUUCAAUUUUGGACCACUGUGUGCAUAUUUGGCUGUGAGUUACCUUGAUAGGUUUCUGUCUGCAUAUGAUUUUCCUGAGAGCAAGAGCUGGAUGAUGCAGCUUUUAGCUGUUGCUUGUUUGUCUAUAGCAGCCAAAAUGGAGGAAACUGAUGUCCCCCUCUCUCUAGAUUUACAGACCGGUGAUAGCAAAUAUGUGUUUGAAGGUAGAACCAUUCAAAGAAUGGAGCUUCUUGUGUUGACCACACUUAAAUGGAGAAUGCAGGCAGUCACUCCAUUCUCGUUUAUGGAUUACUACCUCACGAAGAUAAACAGGGAUCAAACUGCUUCAUGUUCUUCCAUUGUCAAAUGCACAGAACUCAUACUGAGCACACUUAAGGGGAUUAACUUCAUCGAAUUCAAGCCAUCUGAGAUUGCAGCAGCUGCAGUGGCUAUAUCUGUUGCAGUAGAAACUGAGGCUGUAGACAUUGAGAAAGCAAUUUGUUCACUUACUCCCCAAAUACAAAAGGAGAGAGUGAUGAGAUGUGUGGAAUCCAUGCAAGAAUUUUCUUCUCCUAGCGGUUUUCUAACGGUUCAAAGAACAUCACAUGUAAGUGUACCAAACAGUCCUAUCGGUGUUCUAGAGGCCGCCUCCUGCUUGAGCUAUUCGACUGCUGAUGAUUUGGGGGUUGGGUCAUGUGAAGAUGAGUCCUCUCAUGACAAUCCCGUUACAAAGAGGAGGAAGCUGGAAGAUUGAAAAAGAAACAAUCUAAUGCUGCAAAACAAAUUGGAUGGUUUCAAUGAUAUGAUCAAGAAGUGGUUUGUAUGCUUAUUAGCAUUGAGGAGAAGCCGUCGGCUGUUAUAAAUGUUUUAAGACUUCUUGACAACUCUUUGAAGGUGAUUUUUUUAGGAAAAAAUGAUGAUGAUGAUGAUGAUGAUGAAGAUGAUCAGAACAUAGUUGUUUUUUUGUUUGUUUUUUCUUUACUAUGAGUAUUAUUAUGUUAGAUAUGUUUGAUGUUUAUUUUUUACAUUGUGAGGUCAUUUUUGUGAAAAAAAUGCAGAAACAGAGAAAAAGAGGAAGGGAACAUUUUUAGGAAUUGUUACCUCCUAGUGUUGUGGUUUACAUAGCACUGUUUUGUGUAUAUAAAUUGGGAUUUGUGAAGGUUUCACAGUUAAUCCAGUGAAUUUAGAGGGGAUGGCCUCUCUAAUGUUGUCUUUUUCUGACUAAGGCUUGUUUGGUUGUUGUGGUUGAUAUGCAAAGUCUUGUGUGUGAUCUGCCUGACUGUGGAGCACAUUGAUGAGGCUCUCAGUUUGACUGUAUGUCUGGUAGGACUAUGGGGUUUGGUGCAAUACACUUAAUAAUCUACUGGCUACUCCCUGCCACCAUGACUGACUCCUAUUGGACUCUUUUGGCCUUUUGGGAAUGCAGUUCAUUCCUCACCAUUUGAAUUCAAUAUUUUAAAAAUAGCAACUAUUUAAAUUCACUUCUUUUUUACUUAUUAAUGGUUUUUACAGUCCGCUAAAGUGUGCUACCAAAGUCCAAAGCUGUGGGAUCAUUCAAGGGAGAAGGUUAAAGAAAAAAAUAAGGUUAAUGGUCAUUUCACUUUUUGAGGAAUACUUUACAAUUGAGCAGAGCUAAUUGGAAUUGUUUUCUGUUAAUUGGAAUAUUUCCCCCCUUUGGGAUGUUAUUAAAAAGCUGCAAACUAGUUCAUAGAGAAAUUUUAAAUGUUUUGUCAAGGUGGCUAAAGAUGAAAAGCAUGGC